AUGACGACCUCAUCCAAUCAAAAUACCCGCGGUACGCCGACGGCUCAGCCAUGGCAUGCGGCCUAUCCGGCCCCCAAAUCCACUGCGCCGGGUGUUGAGAGACAGCUGGUGUUGCAGUGGUUGAGGGAGGGGAGAAAAGACUUUGUUCUGGUGGACUUGCGACGCAAUGAUUUUGAGGGUGGCACUAUCCGUGGAUCAUUGAAUCUCCCAGCCCAGAGUCUAUUCCCUUCUCUGCCUAGUCUGCAUUCCGCUAUCUCGGGUGGCAAGGUCAAACAAGUGAUUUGGUACUGCGGCUCUAGCGGAGGACGCGGGACUCGCGCGGCCGCGUGGUUUGCGGAUUACCUUGAGCAAGAACAUGAUACCGGGUUGAAGAGCCUCGUUCUGGAGGGCGGUAUUAAGGGAUGGGUUGCUUCUGGAAAGGAAUUCACCGAGUGGAUGGAUGGGUUUGAUGCUAGUUAUUGGGCG